AUGAAAAAAUGAAAACCUCAUGAACGUUGAACCAACACAGUACAGCAGCAUGUACAAGAUGUUUUUAUUGUCUUUAAAACAUUUUAUUAUUGACGUGAACAAACUUUAGUUUAAUAUCUGAUCGUUCUGGAGGAGCUGUUGAUGAACGCGUCAUCUGUAAACAUGUAUUUAUAAAUGGGGGGUUUUAUGAGUCAAACGGUCUCGUGGCUGCUGUUUCUUCACCUCAGUGAUGCAACGGAAAGUUCUGGUUUCUAAAAACGGAUUUUUUUAAACACCAGUGACCUUAAAAACCAGCAGCAGCUCAAACAGGUAACAGGAACUGAAGAAUAACUUCUGGGUGAAAACCACUCGUUGCUGUUUCUAAAAUCUCAGACAUCAACAUCAGGAGGGACGAAGCGCUUCAACUCCGCUCACGCUGGUAAGAAACCAACUUCACUCACUGUUAAUGUUUAUAAAAGUAAUUAUGUUACGCUACACUGUAAAAACUGUAAAGUAUCUGAAAUCUGCUGUUUAGUAUUUAUUUAAUUCUCAGCUUACAGAUGAGCUCAGAUCCCAAUUUCUUUUAAAUGUGAUUAAUUAUUAAUUGUGUUGCGUUUGAUCCCUCGCGGUCAAACCGUUUUGCUGUUAACGUCACAUUAAGGUCAGGAAGACGAGCAGGUUUGUUUUAAUAUAUAUAUAUAACAAACCAUCAUGUAAUGUUCUUUAAAUAUCAGAAAAGAAGGAUUUCUGGAGUCGAUUUUAAGGGCUUCAUGAGUUUCCCCUUAAUUUCCACAUUAAUAUUUAUUAAAUAUUUCACAUUAAUGAUGUAUGUUUUAUAUAAUGAUGAUAUUUUCAGCUGCUAAUAAUAUUUUAGUUCUUAUUCAGUAUUCAGAAAUUGAACAGGUUUACCAGAUUUGGACAAAUGAAUAGUACAUUAAGGUUUUUUCGCAUGCGGUGGGGUUUUAAGGGGUUAAAAACCUUUUCUAUACAUCUCCCUCACGUUCUUACAGCCCUAACCCUGAAAUACAGAUAAACCCUUUGUUUACCUUAAAAUAUAAAUAAAUUAAUGUCAUUUUAAGGAUCAUUUUAAGAUUUCUACCUCCUAAAAGCCCCUAAACUAUGCAGAUAAUCACUUAAAAUUAUAAAUUAUAAUCCAUCAGUUAAUUAAAUUAAACAUUUUUAUUCUUUGUUGGUUUUAUUCAUUUUUAUGUGUCUUUAUAUCAGCUUGUAUUUCUUUUGUCUGUUAAUGUCUAUUUAUGAGUUUUCAUGUUGGUCCCUUCGUCUUGUCUUACAGGAAGACCGUUCUCUCAGCCUGUCAGUCAGAGCAGAGGGCAGUACACCCUGCCAAACUGAAUCAUGGGUAAUGUGUUGAAGACGGGUCAUGGCUUUGGUCAGACCUUGAUGACACGAGCGAGUGUUAAGACCUGGAAGAGCGAACCGGAGGUGGUGCAGGAGGACCUGCUGCUGUCUGAGCUGUCGGGGCUGCAGGAGGUGGAGCUGUGGAGGGUCCACUGGUGUCUCAGUCAGGCCGUCCUGCAGGACUUCCCCCCCAUCCCCCCACUCUGGCUCCAGUCCGCCCAGUCCGACCACGCCAUCAGCAUCACCAAAACCAUGCUGAAGUGUUACCAUGAGGAGGGGGCGCUGACGAUGUUGGCGGCGGUCCUGACAAUGAUCGGCCGAGACGAUCGGGUCUGCCACCUCCACCACACCGCAGACCCACCAAGACCUAGACUGACUCCAAAACGUGAUCCAGACUUUGUGAAAACUCAGCGCCGGAAGCUGAUCAGCAUGAUGCAGUGGCCAGAUGCCGUCCUGGAUGCCCUGCAGGACUACAGGAUCCUGAACACUGCUAACAGGGAGGCCGUCGACAUCUAUGCAGUCCGCCGGGACAAAAACCGGGCUCUGGUGGACCUGGUUCUGAGGAAGGGGGACGAAGCCCAGGAGGCGUUCUACCAGGCCCUCAGCCAAUCGGAGCCGUUCUUACUGCAGGAGCUGGAAGAUGAUCCAAUCCUGGACAAGAAUCCCUCAGAGACGUCUGUCCUCACAGAGAUGCUGGAGCUUCUGGUCUCAGACGAGCUCCGGUCUUUCCAGUGGUUGGUCAGUGAUCACAUGACUGGAGGAAGUCGCCCUUGCGUUGGUGGAGAGCAGCUGGAGCGCGCGGACAGGCCGACAACGCAGAGACUUCUGCGACAACACUUCGGACCCAAACAGGCGGAGAGGGUCGCAAAGGACGUCCUGCUGAAGAUCGUCCCGACGCUCACUGUUUGUCUUCGGGGAGACGCAGUGAUCUCACAGAGCUCGUCAGACAUCAGAGUGGAGACAAACGCAGACACAGUGGUUGAGAUCACACCGGAAGUCCUCGACGACGGCAACAUGUUCAGGUUGCGUUGCUGGAAGUCCGGUGUUUUCCGCUGCAGUGUGACUGGUCUGCAGUUGGAGGGUUUCGGGGACGUGGUCUAUGAGACGGUUCCCUGGGACGUGAACUUCCUGUCUUCUAAAGGUCUGAGGCCGGCCGGGCCGCUGUUCAGGUUCACCAAGCUGACAGGAAGUUUCCACCGACUCCACCUGCCGCACUGCCAGCUGCUCUCAGAUGGCGGUCAGCACUUCCUGUCUGUAGCCCACGUCACUGGGGACAGCGUGGACUUCAUCACUCCUGGUCAGGUGACGGAGGAUCACGCGAUCGUCGACGUCUCAGGCUUCUCGUGCUUUGGACUGGUGAUGUCGGCGGCGCCCGGCACUGCGAUCAGGGGCAUCGUGCUGCUCUUCUCUGUGCUGAACGACUGCUCGCUGUUCGUCCUGCUGCUGCCCAGGAACGUCUGCAUCGCUCAGGUGAUGAAGGAGUGGAAGCGACGGAUCAGAGCCGAGUAUGUGGAAACAAUACACGACUGUGAGCUUAUCCCAAAUCAGACGUACAAACUGAGUGGAGAGCCUGUCACUUUCAUCCAGCCAGAGAGUUCAAAGUUCGUGAACUUCAGCGACUACAACAACUUCCUGCCGUCGUUUCAGGUGCAGCUGGCGGCCGGCGUCAGGAGGGUGGAGCUGCAGCUGAUGAGUCAUGUGGCUCCGCUCCGUCUGAUUGGCUGGCUGUUCGGCUCCACGGAGUCUGUGGUGUGGAGCCAAGUCGUCCAUCUGAGAGCAGCUGCGCUCUGCACCGAAGUCUGUGUCUCAGAGUCGGAUGUGACCCUCCUGCUGCUCAACACGCUGAACUCACUCACGUCGGAGGAUUUAAAAACCUUCCAGCGUCUCCUGAGUCUGCAGACUGAUCCGAUCCCCGUCAGCCGGCUGGAGGCAGCAGACAGGACCAGAACCGUGGACUUGAUGGUCCAGCAGUACCACGCUGAGGGGGCCAAGGAGGUCACUGAGAAGAUCCUGAGGACAUUGAACUACAACCAGCUGGCUGACGACCUGCAGAGGAACUCAUCGAUCUGAAAUUUCAUUUCACAUUUUUGUAUUUGUUUACUUGUUUUUAACAUGUGACCGAUUCAUGUGAUUAUAUUUAACAUUUGAACUGAAAUCGUGUAAAAUGCCAACGUGUUUGUGUUUUUAAAAUAAAAUAAGUAGAACAAGA